AUGUUGAUGCACAAUGGUGCAGUUUUGAAGCCUAAGGAGAUGGCAGCUCAGUUGCAGCGAGAUUAUGGUACGCAUUGCAACACGGACUCGAUGAUUGAUGUGGAGACUGAUGGAAAUGAUGUUUUUAAGUAUUGUUUUAUGGCUCUCAGUGCAUCUAUUCGUGAUUUUUUAUCAUCCGGAUGUCCUAUUAUUGUUGUUGAUGCUACCCAUUUGAAAGAAAAGUAUAAGGGUGUGAUGUUUGUUGUUGUGAGUAAGGAUGGAAAUGAACAGGUUUUUCCAUUAGCUGUGGGGCUUGGCGAUAAGGAGAAUGAUAGUUCAUGUUCAUCGUUUUUUACACGUUUGAGACAUGCAUUUGGUGUUCCAGAUAACUUGCUAUUUGUUUCUGAUCAGCAUAUGAGCAUAAAGAACGUUGUUGAAGCUGUCUUUCCUGGAGUUCCUCGUGGUCUUUGCACCUAUCAUUUGCAGAAGAACCUUGCAAGAUACGGUGCUAAUAUUGUAGCGAUGUUUCAAAGGGCUGCGAAUAGCUACCGGAGGGAGAUUUUUUAUUUGCAUUUUGGUCAGUUGGGUUUGCUUCAAGACAAAGCUGCAUAUAGGAAGUUAAUGGAUGCUCAGCCUUCUAGAUGGGCACGUAGUCAUUGUGGAGUUCGUAGAUAUAACUUCAUGACAUCUAACUGUGCCGAGGUAUUCAAUGAUCGGCUUCGAUGGGGUAGGAGAUUGCCCGUGUGCACUUUGUUGGAGUUUGUGAGGACUUUGGUAGCUCAUUGGUUUGCAGAGAGACGUAGUAAGGCUAUGGCAAGAACUCAUCCACUUACAGAGUAUGCUGCUCUAAAAUUGGAUAUCUCGGUUGAGGAAGGUCGAAUAAUGGAGUGUCAAAAGUACGUUGUUGAUCUUCGCGCUAGGAGUUGUUCUUAUCAUGAGUUUGAUCUUGAUUUGAUCCCUUGCUCUCAUGUUGCUGCUGCUAUAUUCAAGUCCAAACAAUCUUGCAUUCCAUAUGUGUCUAGUUACUACACCACAGAGACAUUAUGUGAGAUGUAUUCUAUGGAUGUGAAUCAUAUUCCACAUCAAGACGAUUGGGAUGUUUCUUUGGAUGUGAGGACAAGGGUCGUUGGUGUUCCUGAUAAUCCUAAACAGUCAGGGCGUCUACGAACUUCAAGAAUUCCAUCUGCAGUAGAAUCUUCUACUAGAUCAUGUGUUAGUGUUUGCUCACGAUGCCACCAAUCAGGUCAUUACAAGUCUAGUUGCAAGGAAGAAGUUCCAAUUCCACCACAAAGUGAAGAUCAAGAAGUUGAUUGUCCUCGUCCAGCUAAGCGUUGCAGUAUUUACCAUGAUACUGGACAUACAAAGAGGAAGUGUCGAUUGUUUGAUCCUAGUGCUUGA